AUGUCUAAUACUAAUAUUGCUUUAAAGUCACUGAUUCAGCCUUCAUUUGAGCAUCUAUCUUCUAUUUUAGAGAAGCAAAAGUCGAAGAAAGAUGCUCCUAACUUGUAUCCUAUUUUUAAAUAUGUGACCAAUACAGAUUUGACAGUUAAUCAAGCCUACUUGAAAUUAGCAAAACUAAAUAAUAAUGAGAGGUCGGCGUCAUUUCUUUUUGAAUCAGCAUUGAAUGGUGAUACAGUAGACAGAUAUUCGUUUAUUGGAAUUAAUCCACGCAAGAUUAUUAAAACUGGAGAUGACGAAAGCGUUUUCACAAAAGACUUCUGUAACGUUGAUCCGAUUACGAUCUUGGAAGAUGAAUUGAAAAACUAUAGGCAAAUGGAGCUCCCUGGGCUUCCAAAAUUAUCAGGUGGAGCUAUAGGUUAUAUCUCGUAUGAUUGUAUUAAGUAUUUCGAACCAACUGCCGCAAGGCCCUUAAAAGAUGUGUUAAAAGUGCCUGAAGCAGUAUUAAUGCUCUGCGAUUUGAUUGUUGUGUUUGACCAUGUGUACCAGAGAUUCCAACUUGUGAACAAUGUCCAAGUUCCAAAUAAUGGCGAUAUCAAAGCUAACUUCGAGAAAGCUGCUGCUGAAAUACUUGAAGUGGAGAAAAUUUUAAGAGCGGAUAUUCCUCAGUCUGAAAUAAAACCUCAUCAACCCCCCAUCAAGAAGAACCAGACGUUUACAUCUAAUAUAGGUCAAGAAGGUUAUGAGAAUCAUGUCAGUGUACUAAAAGAUCACAUAUUAAAGGGAGACAUCAUUCAAGCAGUGCCAUCACAACGAGUUGCACGUCCAACUUCAUUGCAUCCCUUUAACAUCUAUACACAUUUACGUACUGUGAAUCCGUCUCCUUACUUGUUUUAUAUUGAUCUAGUCGACUUUCAGAUAAUUGGAGCAUCGCCAGAAUUAUUGGUGAAAUCAGACGAAAAUGAUAAAAUUGUCACUCAUCCUAUCGCCGGAACAGUAAAAAGAGGGAAGACUAAGGAAGAAGAUGAAGAAAAUGCUCAGAUUUUGAGAUCUAGUUUAAAGGACCGAGCUGAACAUAUUAUGCUUGUGGAUUUGGCUCGUAAUGAUGUGAAUAGAGUGUGCGAACCCACUUCAACAAAAGUAGACAGACUAUUGACAAUUGAAAGGUUUUCACAUGUUAUGCAUUUGGUCUCUGAAGUUAGUGGGACCUUGCGUAAAGAUAAGACUAGGUUUGACGCCUUCAGAUCAAUUUUUCCAGCAGGAACUGUUAGCGGGGCUCCUAAGGUAAAGGCGAUGGGACUAAUUGGUGAAUUGGAGAAAGAAAAACGUGGUGUCUACGCCGGUGCCGUUGGUAAUUGGGGCUAUGAUGGUAAAUCUAUGAACACCUGUAUAGCUUUAAGAACGAUGGUAUACAAGAGUAAUACUGCUUUUUUGCAAGCCGGUGGUGGAAUUGUUUUUGACAGUGAUCCGUACGAGGAGUACAUCGAAACUAUGAAUAAAAUGAUGGCCAAUAACAACACAAUAGUUGAAGCAGAAAACUUUUGGAUAGAAAAAGUUGGCUCCGUAUAA